GAUCCACCGCAUCGGCCGCAUCUUCGGCGGGCCAUGGCCCCAUCGCCAUGGCCGGGCGCCCGCCCUCCCCGGGGCGCUCGAGCCCCGGGUUCUCGCCCGGGCGGCGCUGGUCCUCGCCGGAGCGGCCAGAGCGGCCAGGCGAUGCCCAAGAUGUGUCUUUGCAGACCGCCGGGCGCAUGUCACCCUUGCCGCUGCCUGGGGAGGACGGCACUCCAGGCAGCACUUUCCGAUUUGGCCCUUUGCCGGGGCCGGACGAUCCCUACGAGCGCUUCAUCAAGCAACAGCUCACUUUGCUGGAUGACGAGCUGCGUGCGCUGCACUUGGAAGAGCCGCUUCUGCAGGAGCAGCUGCGGGCGCUCGAGGCUCAGCUGCGGGCCAAGAAGCCGCAGGAGCCGCAAGCCGCCGCGGGGCCGCCGCCGCCACGAACCUUUGGAUACAGGGAUCUGGAGCAGACACAAGCGGCUUGGCCGCUGUAGUGGCAACCUCUCAGAUCUCAUCCAACAGCCAUUUGCCAGCGCCAUGCAGAUGCACGAGCGCCAGGUGGAGCGCCAGCGCCAGCAGCUGGGCCAAAGCUUCUCGGCGCUGGCCAGCAACCCCCACGGCAUGAGCGAAGGGGAGCUGCUGCGGAGCCAGGCGCUGGAGCGGCGCGUGCAGCAGCUCAUCGAACGCCGGGAGCAGCGUGCCAAGUCUCGGACGGGCACGCCGCCCCGUGCAGUGCCGCCGGCGCCGGCACCCGCGGGGGCGCAGGCCAGGCCUCAUAGCGGCAGCCCCGUGCCCCGUGCAGGCUACGCGCCCAUCCAGGCGCGGAUGCAGCUGCAGGAGGAGGGGGCCAUCUAUGGGCCGGAGGCUGGGCGAUUCCAGAUGGACCCAGCGGCAGUGAUGACCGCGCGGCACUGGAGCCCCGGCCACGCGCGCCCGGAGACCACGCGCUUCGACCUGGACCCGGUCACGGGCCGGGAGUGGCCCCGCCCAGGGGCAAUUCCCGCGGGCCGCGCCGCGCCGAGCUACGCGCGGCCCAUGCUGGGGCCAGGCGGCUUUGUCAGCCAGGACUCCAGCCCUCGGCGGGGCGGGCCCAGCUACGAGCAGAGCCCACGCAGCAUGCCGGGCAUGGGCGCGAGCACCGCUACCUUCCGUGAGAGAAGCCCGGAAGGCGCCUACGAGUACGAGGGCGAGGGCUACGAAGGCUAUGAGGUGGACCGGGAUAGGGACGACAUGCCGUUCGAGGACAUCAUGGAGCAGAGCCGCAAGGCCGCGGAGGAUGCAUUGUACCGGGACGAAGCAGGGCGGCGGAAGGCGGAGAGGGAGCGCUCCAAGGCGGCGGAGGAGCGGAAGCGGAUGGAGCAGGAGAUGCAGCAAGCUGAAGAGCAGCGUUCGCGCGCGGAGCGAGACUUCGCAGAGGCGGAGCAGAAGCGCCGGGAGGAGGCGAAGCAGCGGCAGCGCGAGAAGCGCGGCGCGGCCAUGCGAAAGCAGCAGGAGGGCGAGAAGAAGCGCAGGGAGGAGGAGGAGGAAAUGCAAAGGAUCCAGGAUCAGAUGGAAGCAGAGAUGAGGGAGCAGCGUGAAGCGGCCGAGAGGGAGCGUGCGGAGCGCGAGCGCGCGAUGGCGGACGAGGCUGAGCGCCUGAUGAAGGGCAAGGGGGAUCCGAAGUUGAACCCGCGCCGCUUCUUCGCCCAGAACGCGAAGCUGGACGGCAAAGCUCGCAAGGAUGAGGUGGAGAAGGUUCGGGAGCUUCUGCAGCGGCUCAUGAUGACCGAGGCUGCUAGGUUCGUGCAGGCGGUAUGGCGUGCACGACCUCCCAGAAAGGCAUUGAAGACGCUCAAGGCCAUUGAGCGCGAGAAGCUCUUAGCCACGAAGCGGCGCCUGGCGGAGGCGGCGGAGAAGAUCGCGAGGAACAAGGAGCAGGAGAAGCUCAAAGCGAGGUUGAAGGAGAUCUCCGUCACCGAAGCCAUCCUUCGCGAUGUGUGGGCCAAGUGGCGCGAGCGCUCGGCCAUCACAGUGCAGGCGCACUUUCGAGGAGCCAUGGCCCGCAAGCGUUUCGCGGUGCGCUUCGCCCAGUUCCAGCGCGAGAAGCUCGCGGCGCGGGAGGAGCGCAAGAGGACUUGGGCAGAGCGCCAGGUCCGCUGGAAACAGGAAGCCAAGGUCGCCAGGAGGAAAGCCUGGGAUGCCGAGGUGGCGGCCAUGCGUGAGCGCGUGUCCCUCAUGGACCUGGAGCGAAAGGAGCGGGAGCGCGCGGCUCUGAAGCUGCAGGCGGCUUUGCGGGGUCAGCUGGAGCGCCGGCGCUUGCGGAAGUCGGGGAGACUCAUGGAGGACCGGCUCAAGGCUGCCGUGGCGGCUGAGCGCAAGAAGAAGGAGGAGGCGGAGAAGCGCCGGAAGGAGGCUUUCGAAGCUGCGCAGGAGCGCAAGAGGCAGCAAGAGGUGCUCCGAGCGCAGGAGGCGAUUCAGGAAUUCGAGUUGCGGUGGAAGACCUACCACGCCACCAAGAUUCAGUCGAUGGUCCGGGCGCGCAAUGACCGCCGCACCGCCGCCGCGGAGAAGGCCAAGAAAGAGGCGGAGCUCGAAGCGAAAAGGGCCGAGCAGCGGCGGGAGGAGGAGCGCCUGAGGCGUUUGGCGGAAGAGAAGCGGCUGCAGGAUGCACUCCGGGCGCAGCAAAUGGGCGUGGGCGCCAUGCGGAAGAUGCUGGAAGACCGUGAGAACCGGCGCUUGGGCCAGUACAUCAUCAAGUUGCAGGCGCGCUGGCGCGGGAAGAUGGCGCGGCGCCGCUAUGCGGAGGUGAGGGAGAUCAUCAAGCGGGAGAAGCAGAAGGAAAGAGACGGUCGACGAGCCCGAAACGUCGCGGAGUGGAAGGAGCGGAAGCGCUUAGAGGAGCUGCGGAAGAAGGAGAAGCGCGUGCAGGAGGUGUCCUCCUUCUCGAAGCGGCUCCAUGAGGUGGAGUUCACCCAGAAGAACCGCGCGGCCCGGGUGCUGCAGGGCGCGUACCGCUGCCGCCGCGCCAAGCUGCAGCUGCGGAACUUGAAGCACGAGAGGGAGGAGCAGGAGUACGCAAAGAAGGCAAACCUCAAGAUGAAGCUGGAGCGCGAGCGGAAGGAAAAAUUCGCGGAGCAGAAGGCCAAAGAAGCCAAGGCCAAGGCAAAGCUCCAGCGCGAGGUGGAGCACUACCGGCACAAAGUGGACGCCAUGGAGUUCAAGAAGCAGGACGAGGCCGCGGUGCGCAUCCAGUCCAUCUUCAAGGGCAACGCCCAACGCUUCCGGUUCGCCACGUUGAAGAAGCUGUCGAAAGAGAAAGAUGACAUGGAACAAUCGAGGAUCCGGAUGGAGAAGAAACAUGCGGAGGAGAUGCGGCUGCUGGAUGAGCAGCGGAAGGCGAACCAGCUGAAGAUGGAAAACGAGCAGAAGAAGUACGAAGACAAGUACAGGAUGGAGCGUGCAAGAGCCGACCAGAAGACGGAGGAGGAGAAGGAAAAAGCGGAGAAGAAGGUGGAGCAGGAAAUCGAGCGGCUGGAAUCCAAGCGGAUCAAGAUGGAGCAAGCUUUGGAGAAGGAGCGAGAACGAAUCGAGAAGGAGCGAGAGAUGCUCAUGGAGGAGAUGGAGGGUGCCGUGGGCACCGUGGGCGUCGCCGGAGGCGUCGCCGGAGGCGUCGCCGGAGGCGGCUCCGGCGCCGCCAUGCGCGGCGGAGCGGUGCCGGUUGGCCCUCUAGGCAGCAAAGGUCCCACCAUGCCGUACAAGUCGGUUGUGAAAGCGUCUAUGGAGACGCGCAAAGAAGAGCACAUGCUGGCGAAAGAGAAGCAAUUGGAGUCAACCCUGAAGAAGCUCGCGGAAGCGCAGGAGGCGGCCGCUGUGGCCGCCGCUGCCGUGCAGCCUGCGCCGGGGGCACUGCUGGAGGAGGCGAGGCCGCCCGCAUUCUCGGCCACCGUGGCGGCGCGGAGCAACCAGGUGCUACAACCCAGCGCCGUGCCGGAAGCGAAGGCCAAAAGCGCGAAGCCAGACGAGGUGCGCCGCCACACGGCUCCUCCUCUCGUCCAGGAUACGAGAGCUGGGGCCUCUCCAGCAGACCGUCCAGACGGACAGGAUUGGCAAGCGGGCGGGCCCUUUCCAGGCCGUGGGCAGGAUUUGCAAGCUCGUGGGCAUGGUGGGCCCUUUCCUGCAGACCGUGGGCAGGAUGCUGACGGCCUCCAUCAGCCAGGUCAACCUGGUCCACGCUUGCCUGCCGCCGUGCGUCAUGAGGAGAUCCCCUCGCCCCUCUGGCACUCCAGCGAGGCCGCCAGUCCGGGUGUGUUUAGCAUGGAGGAUGCCCACGCGCGCAUGGACACCGGUCUGCUCACUGAAGAGGCCCUGGUGCACGAGAUCGACCGCAGGCAGCUGGAGGUGCUGGGCAUCCACGAACAGCUGUCGCAGCAGGCCCUCGAGGAGCAGCGCCUCACCCAGCAGCUAACAGCCCCCGGGCGCGCGCUGACCUGCCGGCAGUGUGACACUCGCAUCUUCAACUUGCAGCACCUCUUCCGCGGCCUGGCGACGCUGUGCGACAUGGCCAUCCAGCUGCACUUGCCGCCCAUGGAGAACGUGGACUACUUGGUGGACCCGGCCGAGCCGCCGCUUCCGGUGAUCCACGACUACUUGCUGCAGCUGGCGGACGUCGGCCUCAGCUGCCGCGAGGUCGACCCUCGUUUUGGUCAGCUGGCGGGUUAUGCGCAGCAAAAGGCGGCCAUGCUGCAGGCGCAUAUGCCCACGCCGCCGCCUCCACCUCCGCCGCCGGCUGAGGAAGCCACGGAGGCGCGGACAGACGAAGAGCCCGAUGCGGCGCUUGCUGCGGGUUCCGCAAUGCAGGCUCCAGCAAAGCCUGGGUCAACAUCCGUUCCUGCUGCUGCUGUACCUGCACCUGCUCCUGAGGUGCCAGCCGCUCCAGUCCCUGCAGCAUCUGCGCAGGCUGCAGAUACAGCAACCGCAGCCGCAGUAGCUUCCCAGGCUCCAGCAAAGCCUGGGUCAACAUCCGUUCCUGCUGCUGCUGCUGUACCUGAACCUGCUCCUAAGGUGCCAGCCGCUCCAGUCCCUGCAGCAUCUGCGCAGGCUGCAGAUACAGCAACCGCAGCCGCAGUAGCUUCCCAGGCUCCAGCAAAAGCUGGGUCAACAUCCGUUCCUGCUGCCGCCGCGCCUGCACCUGCUCCUAAGGUGCCAGCCGCUCCAGUCCCUACAGCGUCUGCGCAGGCUGCGGCAUCUGCGGUGGACGCAGGAGCUUCGCAGGCGGACGGCGCGAGCUCAACACCCAAGGCGAAGCCCGCACCAAGCCAGUGAGGAUCCGCUCCAGUAUCCCCUCAUGAGCUUCACAGGUCAACAGUGACCUUGCAGCCGAACAUUGCUGACAUCCUCGCGCUGUAGCCCACUCAGGGCUUCGAGAUCUGCCUUGGAAGGUGUCCAUGUGCAAUUCAGCGGAGACCUCCAAAGCCUUCCGGGGCUGGCCGACGAGUUGGGCCAGGUGUUGGCGCUGGCAGUUCUGCAGAUGAGUUGAACAUCCAAGUGCGCGUUCUCCGUGGGCUUCGUGAUGGAGUUCACGAGCUGACAAGCUCAAGCGGUGCUGCACGACUUGACCGCUCCGGGUGUGAAUCGCUCGCCCUGGAAGCGGUGUGAAUUGUAGAUAAGUCUAAUAAUCAUUUGCCGGAAAAAUGUGUUUCCUUUGGUCAGCUGCUUAAAGGUGGUCGAGGCGUUGAUACGCCUUUCGCGAUGCGACACCAACAACGAUGGGCUGG